AUGCCGGGCGGCGUCUGCGCGGUUCUCGAUUACGAGACCGAAUUGAUGGCAGAGUAUGUAGCUGAUAUGACAGUGCGAGUUGUUCUCCCCAAGUCAUCAGUCUCUCUUGCAUUUCGGAAGUUUGUGAACCAGAUUCUUACUUCUACGCGACUCCCGAGCACCACCAUUCUCCUCGGAAUGAACUACCUGGCCAAACGAGUCAACAUGCUCAACCAGAUUGGCUCAUUCAGUCCGAAUGAGGGUCAGAUGUGGAAAAUGCUUACCAUUGCUCUUCUCCUUGGCAGCAAAUUCCUCGACGACAACACCUUCCAGAACCGAUCAUGGUCCGACGUUAGUGGCAUUGAUGUGGCAGAACUCAACACUAUGGAAAAUGAGUGGUUGAAACAUAUCGGCUGGUCGUUGUAUGUCAAUCUUGAUCAGAGCCACGACUACAACGCUUGGCUUAAGAGCUGGAAAGAAUGGGAGGGUGCCAAGAAAUUCCACCAGGUCCAGCAGCAACAACAGCAGAAACAGCAACAGUCUCACGUUGCUAUCCGCGAGAGGUUAGCACCUAUUGUUACUGCUCUUCACGCGGAGCCAGUGCGUCAGCCUCAUCAUGCCCUACAGGGCUGGACUCCGGAGAUUCCCGAGCAGGAACAUUUCAACAUGAAUCCAAGGCUCGCACAUGUUGGGACCGGCGGUUAUCGAUGCCGCGAAGGGUCUUGGCAAAGCCAAUAUUCCAACCCUUGGUCACAGCCUCAAGCUCCUGUUACUCCUCCAGAUUCUGGCUACGGAACCCCAGAGUAUCUCAACUCGGCUGCUUCACUGAAUUCCUCUUAUGAUGAUUGGUUCUCCCAAGCUGUUAAUGGGGGCUAUAACAGACACUACAAGCCACCUGGCCCACCUGGCCACAACGGAUACGGAUCCCGAAGCGGGUCUCAAUUUGCCCAUCACUUCUGUUCGCAAUAUGGUGCUGCUCCUUGGGAUCCGAGCUUCCCUGAGUGUUGUACCCACUGCCGGGCUCAGCGUCAUGGCGCGGCUCCUUACAUGCAACAGCACAGUUAUACUCAGACGCCGGGGUUUUAUGAUAUGGGGAAUACUUGCACUAAUGUCUACUCUGGCAUCGUUCUCAGGCAUGUUCAGGCACAUAAAUUUGUUACUCAGAUACCCUCGGAGUCUCCUAUACACUGGCGUAAGGUUUUAGUCCUUGUUGUGGGAUGGUUUGGGUAGUGCGGGGUCAUCGAAUCGAUUUUGGGGUUUCUCGCAUGGCUCGGCAUUCGUCCGGUCGUGCCGUUGUUGCGAAAGUAUUCGAUUCUGUCGAUUCGAUACCUUAAAUUCGAGUCCCGAAUCCCCAUAUGCAGUGGGCGUUUCCUCCGUCUCGAUAGGGGUUUCUCCUUUUCUUUUAUUACGACGUUUCCGCAUCGAUAAUUAUAAUGGCGUUAAUUGGUUUUGGUUUGUUGGGAUGGCUCGGAAUUUCUUUUCUCACUUGCAAUAGAUUAUCGCAUAUUACCUUCGGGUUCGCAUUUCUAUACCGGCGGCGGCAAAAAAGUCAAGGUUCUAUUUUGGCGUUUUAAAAUAAAGAGAUGGACUACCCAACCAGCCUUAUCGUCCUAUCGCUCAUCUAUACCUUUGCGUCUUAUUCCUGGCGAUAGAUCUCACUUUCG